CUGACUACACCAUCUCCAUUCUCCAUUGCUCUACUCGCUGCUACCAGUGUGUGUGAGAGAAAGAGAUGAGGAAGAUCGAUUGUUACAAGAGUUCCCAGAAGAUCUUACUUGUGGGUGAAGGUGAUUUCUCUUUUUCGGCAUGCUUAGCUCGUGCCUUUCAUGACGCAUCCAACAUUGUUGCUACUUCUUAUCUCCGUCAAGGAGAAACACGAAUGCAUAUAUUGGUGUGCCUAAUUGUGUUGAGGCAUAAGAAGUUGGUGAGAGCUUACUUUAAGAGUGCAAGCAAGAUGUUGAAUGAAGGGGGAGAGGUGCAUAUGAGGCACAGAGAUGAUAAUCCAUAUAACAGAUGGAAUGUGGUUUUGUUGGCUGGUGAAGCUGGUCUUAAGUUGAAGGAGAAGGUCGAUUUUCAGAAAAGCGAUUUUCCCGGUUAUCAUAAUAAACGGGGCGGAGAUAUUCGCACCAACAAGACUUUUCCUAUUGUUCAUGCUUUUAAUUUCAAGUUUGCUCUUGAUUUACCGGAAUGA